AUGGUUAAUAAUGAUAUUACCGUAACUGUAGAAGAUGACUACAAGCAAAAGAGCGGAAAGGCUAGAUAUGAACAAAAAGAAGUUAAGGAAUUUGAUGAUAUGAAUCUUAAGGAAGAUUUACUCAGAGGAAUUUACUCUUAUGGUUUUGAAAAGCCAUCAAUUAUCCAACAACGUGCCAUCUUGCCAAUCACUACUUCUGAACCACCAGCAGACGUUAUUGGUCAAGCCCAAUCUGGUACUGGUAAGACUGCUACUUUUACUAUUUCAUUGCUUCAAAGAUUAAAUAUUUCUCCUGAUGUUAUCCAACCACAAGGACUUGUUUUGGCUCCAACAAGAGAAUUGGCUCAACAAAUCCACAAGGUCAUCAUGUCAUUGGGUGAAUAUAUGAAGGUUAAAGUACACGCUUGUGUUGGUGGUACUAAAGUUCAACACGAUAUUGCCAUUCUUGAAGAAGGUGUCCACAUUAUUGUUGGUACUCCUGGACGUGUUUUCCACAUGAUUCAAAGUGGUCACUUGAACGUUAACAGCAUUAAGAUGUUAGUUAUCGAUGAAGCCGACGAAAUGUUGAGCAGAG